AUGCCUGGAAAAACCUUGCCGCUCUUUUCUGUUGCAGAGCUCAAAUCACAUACGACGGCCAAAUCGUGCUACGUAACACGAGGCUCCAAGGUCUACGAUGUCACCUCCUUCGUCAACGAUCACCCGGGCGGAGGUGACUUGAUCCUGGACUAUGCCGGCCAGGACGUUUCUGAGAUCAUGCGCGACAUUCCAUCCCACGAACACUCCGAGGCUGCGUAUGAAAUAUUGGAGGAUCAUCAUGUUGGGUUCCUCGAAAAAUCCCCAGUCUCCAAGAUGAAUGGUAAUGGCGAUGCUGCUGCUGGUGCUGCCGCCGCCAAAGGCUCUAAUAUGGAUGGAGCGACGGAUAGCCCAAAACCGACCUACAGUUCCACAGGCAUGUCAAGUGAGGAAGAUCUCAAUGUCGAAACCGACCUAACCGCAGAUUAUCGGACACAUAAGUUCCUGGACCUAAACCGGCCACUCUUUGGACAACUAUGGUAUGGUGGUUUCACGAAGGAUUUCUAUCUACAACAGGUUCACCGCCCACGACACUACAAGGGCGGGGAAUCCGCUCCCCUGUUUGGGAAUUUCCUCGAGCCAUUGACGAAGACUGCGUGGUGGAUGGUUCCAUUGAUCUGGUAUCCGGCAGCUGCCUACGGAACGGUUGUGGGCUUCACUGGCUUGCAGAAUUAUACCGUCGGAGCUGCGUACUGGAUUCUGGGCGCGUGCCUUUGCACUCUGGUUGAAUAUGGCCUGCACCGAUUUAUUUUCCAUAUGGAAACAUAUUUGCCUGAUAAUCGCGUUGGACUGAGUCUACACUUCCUUGCGCACGGUAUCCACCACUACCUCCCCAUGGACAAAUAUCGCCUUGUCAUGCCCCCAACACUAUUCAUCAUACUUGCAACACCUUUCUACUAUCUCUCAAAGUCCGUCUUCUUCUAUAACUGGUACGCAGCCUUGACCGUUUUCUCGGGUGGAGUAUUCGAAUACGUAUGCUAUGACAUGACACAUUACUUCCUCCACCAUCGCAGUCUCCCGUCAUACUACAAGCAACUCAAGAAAUAUCACCUCCAACACCAUUUUGCCGAUUACAAUAAUGGUUUCGGCGUCAGCAGCCGCUUCUGGGACAAAGUAUUUGGCACAGAACUCCCGCCUCUCCAGCCCCCUAAGGUCGAAUGA